AUGCCGGCAAUCAGAGGCGUCAGCUCGAAGAAGAAGACCAGGCGACACACGCGCGAUCUCGAUCAGAUUCAUGCCGACAAGCAGUCGCAAAAACACCUCCAACAGUACAAAGACACCAAGGCGUUGGAGGACUUGCCCGGUUUCGGCGAGUUCUACUGCACCGACUGCGCAAAAUGGUUUGAGAGCGAAAGCAACUUCAAGGCUCACGAGAAGGGCAAGCCGCACAAGAGACGCGUCAAGCAGCUGAAGGAGGAGCCAUACAGCCAGAAAGAGGCGGAGGCCGCCGUCGGCUUGACCACCGAUACGGACAAGAAGGUGGUCGAGGAGGAGAUGGAGGAUGCUGACGAUGUGCGGUGA